AUGAUAAUUAAAAAUUGGAAAGAAAUAGAAAAGCUUGUUUUGAAUAUCACACUUAGUUUUUUUAUGGAAUAACUCGAAAACCUUGAAAAUCGACGUCUUCUCUUAGCUUAUCAAGCGUUAUUUGAUGCUCAAGAUUUAAAAUUUAUUCAUUUGUAAUUAUUCAACUCUUAAUAUCUUGCCAAAACAUCUUAAUUUACAAUGGUGAGAAUACUGUAAGCCAAAUCAUUUGUUUUAGAAUAAAUAAAUAUUUACCCAGCCUCCUAAGAUAUUUUAUUAACUGUUAUUGAAUCAAUUAUAUAUUUAUCAGAAUAAGAAGUUGUAAGAUAUCAAGAUCAAUCUACAAGAAUAAAGUAGAAAAAUGCUAUAUAUGAAAAUCUUCUGAGAAAAUCUUUGGAUAGGCCAAUUGAAGUAACAGAAAAUAAGAGUAAGAGUGUAGAAAAACCAUAUGAUUAUAGUUACAAUAAAAUGAUGUAUAAGAAGUUAAAGUAGGAAGCUUUUAAAAUGUUAUCAGCGAGUGUAUAGAUAGAAGAUGUUAAUUCAUUGGUAGAUAAUUAUAAAUUAAUAAAAUCAACUGAUACAACUGAUGUUCCAUUAAAAUAAAUGCCAAAAUCAAGUUUGCAUAAUUAUUAUGUUACGUAGAUAUUGAAGCCUAUAGGAAUGAAUGCUUAUAAGUUAUCAAUUAUGGAUAUAUAAAAAAAUAAAGAAAUCUUUUUUGAUACAUUCAAGAAUGUAUUUCAUUUAUUAUAUCUAGUAAAAUGAUUGUUUAAAAAUUGUGAAAGAGAUAAAAUCUGAAUACAAAAUUUAAGAAAAGUCUAUUCUUAUAAAUAAAACUGAGACUAAGAUUUUUAUAAAUUCUCUUAAAAUAUCAACUCCAAAAUUAGGUGAACAUUUGAAAUCGAUUUAAAAAGUAUCACCUAAAAAAUUGAAUUUUUGA